CCGCACUCUUCCGCGCGGGCGGUUCCCCAGGCCGGCCAUGGAGUGAGGCGGCUGAGGCGGCGGCUGAGGCGGCGGCGGCUGAGGAGGCGGCCGGGCCUGGGGCCGUGUGGAGGCGAGGCGAGGGGAGGCGCGGGAGGUAGGCCGCGUGGAGCGCUCCCUCCGCCGCCGCGGCCGUGGCGGGGCCAUGAGGGAGUACAAGGUGGUGGUGCUGGGCAGCGGCGGGGUGGGCAAGUCGGCGCUGACGGUGCAGUUCGUGACGGGCACCUUCAUCGAGAAGUACGACCCCACCAUCGAGGACUUCUACCGCAAGGAGAUCGAGGUGGACUGCUCGCCCUCCGUGCUGGAGAUCCUGGACACGGCCGGCACCGAGCAGUUCGCCUCCAUGCGCGACCUCUACAUCAAGAACGGCCAGGGCUUCAUCCUGGUCUACAGCCUCGUCAACCAGCAGAGCGACAUCAAGCCGAUGAGGGACCAAAUAGUCCGUGUGAAGCGAUACGAAAAGGUUCCUCUCAUCCUGGUGGGGAAUAAAGUCGACCUGGAAUCGGAGAGGGAGGUUUUGUCAGCGGAAGGCCGAGCUCUGGCCCAGGAGUGGGGCUGCCCCUUCAUGGAGACUUCUGCCAAGAGCAAGACCAUGGUGGAUGAACUCUUUGCCGAGAUUGUGCGACAAAUGAACUAUGCAUCCCUGCCUGAAAAGCAAGAGCAGUGUUGUACAACUUGUGUUGUCCAGUGAGGGAGAAAGCAAACUCUCCAUCAUGGCCAUGCAGAGCAGAUAAAACUCAGAGGAAAUUUGCACAGAUGCUGCAUUGGAGAACUCUUUUUUAAGCCCAGGUUGCUGAACUGAGCCUUGCUUAACCUGGUCUCGGUCUUCAGAGCACGUUUUCCAGGCAUCCGGUGUGAAACAGGCAAGGGAGCAGCCAGGGGGAGGCAACGGGCCUGCUACAAACACUUAGCAUGUUUACCAUUUGAUUUGGGAAUCUGUUCUUGAUCUCUUGGGGUGUUUUUUUUUUUUUUUAAAUAGCUUUCUAAGUUCCUAUUAAUGGCUAAUAUGCAAAAAGUUCAUUUUAAACUAUUUUAUUUCUUUAAUUGAUUUCUAAAUCUUGUAUUUAUUAAACUUUAAACUCAGUAUUACCUACUCAAAUGCCUUUUUAAGAGAAAAAAAAAUUAAUGGAGAAUAAAAGUGAGCCUUAAACACAAAUGGUUACUUCUGUAUAUUACCUCACAUCCGUGCUUGAUUUGCAAAAGAGAGAAAGAGAGAGAGAGAGAAAGAAAGAGCGAAAACAAGAUUUCUUCUCCUCUAAAACGUCAUUGAUUGGAACUUUGAAACAUUCUGUUUACAUGUGAUGGUGUCAUAGAAGGAUGUUUAAGAAUUGCCUGAUACGGGAGGACGCGGCAUCCCUUUUCUCAGCAGCUGUGGUGGCAUGUGGUUGGCCUGAUGGGAAAGCUUUUUCGGUGGGGACUGGAGGCAUCCAGCAAUUUGUAUGUGUGUUCUCUGUUGUUAUAUGGUAUUUGGAUUUGGUUUUUUUGAAAGAAAAGGCUGUGUUGAAAAUCACUCGUUCAUCUGCUUUAUUACAUUCACCUUCCAAAUGCUGAAAAGCCAAGUUUUCUUGGCAAACGGACCGUGUGUCUUCUUAGGUUGUGUUCCAAAGCAAACCUGAACUUGAGAUUUCCCCGAUAGGAUUUAAGGUGACUUUGGCAAAGGGGGGAAAAAAAAAUUCAAUCCUUGGCCCGUAUCUGCCCCAAAACGGCAAUUUAACUAAUUGUGGUCUUGGAAGAGCAACACAGAUUUUGAGCAGAAGGAAGAGAGCAUUAGUGGAAGUGUUAGCACCGCAACUGUUGUAGACCUUUUCCUGGCACUGGUGUAAAAAGUGUCUUUUAUCCACUCCAGGCAGGGAAUGAACCUGCACCAGGUUUUAAAAGCCCACCUGAAGCCCUUUGACCGUACAGCUAAUCAACUUCCGUAGCAGCCCAAAACUUUUUAAGUGUUGACCAAAUUUCAUCCUUAAAUCUAUCUGGGUUGGCAGUUGGGACUAGCAUGCUGGGCCUUCAACCCGAGUCUUCCCAGAGUUUUGAUCUCUCGAUUCAACAUUUGCAGUGAAGUAAAAGGUUAGGCCUGCACUUUAAUAGAAAUCUCCAAGCGUAAAACCCCGUUUUGCAGUGCUCUUUACGUUGGCCAAGUAUCAAGACGUGCCAAGGGAAUGCAGAAUUCACACAGUUGACUGUACCUUAGUUCUUCAGUGGUAGACACAUUGCGUUAAACUUCUUAAACUUCUCAGUUGGUUGACCUUUUUUUAAAAAAAGAAAAAAUUCCAAUUCUUUCUCAGUUGGAGUUGGGAACGGCAAAGAGUUUGGCAUCUGACCUGGGCUGCUGCUUCAGCGCAGUUUGGAACCGGGGGUGGGGUGGGGAGGGCUGGCCAUUUAAAAGAGGCGGCCUUCCCAGUCGUUAAGUGUAUCGCAAGGUUCAAAUCCAGGCAGCCUUUGAGCUGUCGGCCUCCCCGCCCGCUUUGCUUCAGGCCCUGGAUUCCAUAAGGGCUCUGGAGCUGCACAAGGCCUCUUCUGGUCCAGCCGAGAAGGCGCUGGUGCAUUUGUCCCACUGCCCUGGCUGAAUCAUGGAAGUCUUUUGGGCCAAGAUCCCAGGUGAUUAAUCAGAGGAAGAGGAAGGACUCUGGUUCUCCCCGCUUCAAAUGCCUCUUUCUCCACAUGGCACAAUGGGAAGCCAGACGGUGUUCCGGUGGGUGGGUGGGGUAGCCAUCCAGGUGCCCAAACCCAGCCGUUGUCGGGAGCGAUUCCUUUCCAGUGGCAUCUCCUUCCUGGCAUCCCUCUUCUGCCUGAAUGUUCUCGCGAUUUAAUUCAGUGUAUCAAAUGUACUGUACCUCUUUUCUUGGGGAAAAGUUUAAAGAAAAGUCUGGAAAUUUGGCAAGUUGCAAAACUAGGACGAUGAUCAAAUGCUUUGUAAAGGUGAACCGCCAUUUCCCCCCCCCCCUUUCUCCUCGCCCUUCCAAUUUCAUUCAUUCUUAUUUUGUAAGACAGCCCUACAGUCCAGCUGUUUGUAACUUUUUUAAUAAAAUAGAUACCUGUAUUACCAAAA